AUGUCAAAAUGCUUGCAAGAAAUACGAACGAAUAAAUUCAUGCUAAUUAAGAUUGCAAAUGACGAUAAGAGCAAUAACUUUAUUCCAUUACUUUAUAUAUUCAACCAACCGCUUGUACCAAAGAAUACUGUAUGCUAUGGCAACGACACGUUAAUCAAAAUCCGUAAUGUGACAGUGAUAUGUGAUGAAACCUUCCGAAUUACGGAUAACGGAAACAUGACCAAUGAGUGGAAUAUUACGAGUUUGAAUAUGAUCGAUGACUGGAAUACUCUGAUGAACUGGAAUAUCACUAAUAAUUAUGAUAUUUGGAAUGGUUCAGUUUUGUCUUCUAUUAACUAUACAUCAGCAACAGAGGCAUCCUCAACUAAGAAAUGGAGUCGGAUAGUCCGUGUAGGAAUAGCUGGAUUUAGUAUAUUUCUUGCUGUGAUAAUUAUCAUAAGUGUUUCUUUCUUCGUCAUUGUUUGUUCAAAAUGUAUUCAACGAUUAUUGAUAAUCCAACGGAUGCCUCAUCCUCAAUAUACUAUCAUAAAAUACAUUCCUAGGGACGGUGCGAUCGAAGAUGAAACGCAAGAAUCAAGUCAGAGGAGUCCAGCAAUUCAUUGUCAGAAGAAAAUAUCGGCUUCAAAUGAUUUUUGCACAAUGACUAGAUCUCAAAUAAUGAGAUCUCUUAAAAAGACGAUUAAAUGCUGCCAGUCAAAACAACAUAUCUGA